AUCCAGGGCGAAGUGAAUUGUAAAUGAACUGGAAUUAGCCCUAUAAAUACUUAAGCCCUACACUGGAGGUGUUGAUCAGUGAACUCAGAGCCACGCUUGACAGAACACAAACACACAUCUGACUCACUCAGUCACAGGACUUCUGCUGGAAACUCAUCUUUAGGAAGAAGAACUGCACAACUGACUUGUGUUAAACCGGAUCUCUGGAUUUGGACACAGUUGGUUCUCUAAGAUGAAGGGGCAUUUUUCCAUCGAGUGGCUUUCUCAAAGCAGCCAGACCUCUGCAUCCACGCUUCCCUCAAACUCUUGGGUCUCUCCCGGCCAGGACGUCCCGAACACCUCUGGCACUGCCUCUGAGAGCCUUCCUGGCUUCUACAGCAGAUGGAGACCGGAAAACAUGGAGAAUCAGGAGAAACGUAUGGAGCCAGCACAGUCCGGAAACAGUUUGUUGUGUACAUCUACGCAAGAGACUGAGUCAAAUGAGAAUAAUAUCGUCCAGCAAAACACUUACGCCUCAGAGCCAGGCUUCAGCAGCAGCACGGAGGAGGAGGAGACAUCAGGGUACGAGAGCGAGGGCGGCCCCUCUCUCUCACCUGGGGCCCCUAAAGCACCGGCCCCAUCAGUGUCUCCCUCUAGUGGCCGCAGACCCCGAACCGCCUUCACCGCGGAGCAGAUCAACAGUCUGGAGAAAGCCUUUAAGAGGAACGCUUAUCUGGGAGCCCAGGACAAAGCUGAGCUCUGCAAAAGACUAAUUCUGUCUGACAAACAGAUCAGAAACUGGUUCCAGAACCGACGCAUGAAGCUGAAACGGACCGUUCAGGACAGUCUGGCUCACGCCUGCCAGGUCAAGGUGGCAUCACAUAUGAUGCAUUACUCCGAUCUGCACAGUUUCCGUGCUGCUCCGUAUCCCAGCUACUACCCGGCGGUUCAGGAGAGCCCAUCUUACGGCCUGGGAUUCCACUACAGCCCUGCUGCUUCCGGGGGCUUGCCGACCCUUCCUGUGGAGGCCCUGUAUCGGUACAGCACCCUUCCUGUCCAUCCCAGCAACCCGUCCAUGAUGAGUCCAUACCAGCCCUGUCACUCACAGUACUACAACACUCAGUGACACGAGACGAGAAUUGCAUUUGUGAAUACAGGGUGAAGUGCAAUAAAAAUUUGUCAUAUAUAUAUAUUUUUUUCGUUUUAUUUAAAUAUGAUUGAAAAGUUAUAUUUCGUUCAUGUCUAUGUGUACAAAAGGAGUGUAUAAAUAAAUCAUUUUCUAUUUGACUACA